AUUAGGAAGAAGAAACGGGUAGUUGUUAAUCAGUCCCACCAAACUGCCAGCAAGAGAAUCAUAUGCCCAAAUCCUCCACGCAUCUCGCCUUCUCCACUACUUCUCCCCUGAAGAAGAACAAGCUAUAAGGGCCAUAUAUGAUUCGUUCAGAAGAAGAAGAAAAGCGAUUGUUUUUUUUAAUGGUGGGGUUUGUCUAUAAUGCAUUAUUUCAUUGAUGGCAAGGAAGGGUACACAAAGUUGGAAUUUUGAAGGAGAAAAGAAAGUGACGUCUUUCUUCCGCUUCAUCUUUUUUGUCAGGCGUUGAAUGGGAUCGGAUGGUGGUAGUUGUGGGAGGUUGUGCUUCGGCUGCUACUAGUAAUGGGAAGAGGGAAGGGAAGUGGGCAGGUGGCACGUGGUCCUCGGUUCUCAUUUAAGACCGUUGAGCUUCGGUCUUCCUCUCACUGUUCCCCUCCUUUCUCUUCCGUCCACUGCCUUUGAAAUCAUCUCCAGCUUGGCUUACGGUCUAGCGAUAGUCGCCGGGGAGGGUAUUCUGGAGGUUCUUUGAUCAAGAUUUUUGAUUUCUUGCGGAGAUCCUCUCUACUCGCUGGGAUAGUUUCAUAAAAGGUCAUGGCAGAAUAUUUGCAUUUCAAUGGCGUUGUAAAUGGGAUGAGCCCAAUAAAACAUGCAUCAGUUUCAGCAGAAGUUGAACAAUUCUGUUUCGCACUCGGUGGAAAAGCACCCAUCCACAGUAUAUUAGUUGCAAAUAAUGGAAUGGCAGCCGUUAAGUUCAUGCGUAGCACUAGAACAUGGGCUUAUGAAACCUUCGGAUCGGAGAAGGCAAUUCUACUCGUAGCCAUGGCAACUCCAGAGGACCUGAGAAUAAAUGCAGAACACAUUAGGAUCGCUGAUCAAUUCGUUGAAGUCCCAGGCGGAACUAACAACAACAAUUAUGCCAAUGUUCAACUAAUCGUUGAGAUGGCGGAGAUAACACAUGUUUCUGCUGUUUGGCCUGGUUGGGGUCAUGCAUCUGAAAUCCCGGAGCUUCCGGAUGCUCUGGCUGCGAAGGGAAUCAUAUUUCUCGGGCCUCCAGCAGCAGCUAUGUCGGCAUUAGGUGAUAAGAUAGGAUCUUCGCUGAUCGCUCAAGCCGCAGGAGUGCCUACUCUACCUUGGAGCGGGUCAAAACUAGUAAAGAUUUCAGCCGAAAGUUGUUUGGACUCUAUUCCGGAUGAUAUUUAUCGUCAAGCUUGUGUUUAUACUACAGAGGAAGCAUUGGCUAGUUGCCAGGAAGUGGGUUACCCAGCCAUGAUUAAAGCUUCUUGGGGUGGUGGUGGAAAAGGAAUUAGAAAGGUUCAUAAUGAUGAAGAAGUUAGGGCUCUAUUCAAGCAAGUGCAGGGUGAAGUUCCAGGCUCUCCUAUAUUCAUAAUGAAGGUGGCAUCUCAGAGCCGGCAUUUGGAAGUUCAGUUACUGUGUGAUCAGUAUGGCAAUGUUGCUGCUCUUCAUAGUAGAGAUUGUAGUGUUCAGCGAAGGCAUCAAAAGAUUAUUGAGGAGGGCCCAAUCACUAUAGCACCUCUUGAAACCGUGAAGCAAUUGGAACAGGCAGCAAGGAGGCUUGCCAAGUGUGUGAAUUAUGUCGGUGCUGCAACUGUUGAAUAUCUUUUCAGCAUGGAAACAGGAGAAUAUUUUUUCCUGGAACUCAAUCCCAGGUUACAGGUAGAGCAUCCUGUCACUGAAUGGAUAGCUGAAAUAAAUCUGCCUGCUGCUCAAGUUGCUGUUGGGAUGGGAAUCCCUCUUUGGCAAAUUCCAGAAAUCCGACGUUUCUAUGGGAUGGAUUAUAGUGGAGGAUAUGAUGCUUGGAAGAAGACAUCGAUUGCUGCAACUCCAUUUGAUUUUGAUAAAGCAGAAUCUGUCGGGCCAAAAGGUCAUUGUGUGGCUGUUCGGGUAACCAGUGAGGAUCCUGAUGAUGGAUUCAAGCCAACCAGUGGAAAAGUGCAGGAGCUUAUUUUCAAAAGCAAGCCCAAUGUUUGGGCAUACUUCUCUGUUAAGUCUGGUGGUGGCAUUCAUGAAUUUUCUGAUUCUCAAUUUGGACAUGUUUUUGCAUUUGGAGAGUCUAGAGCCCUAGCAAUAGCUAAUAUGGUUCUUGGACUAAAGGAAAUUCAAAUUAGAGGAGAAAUUCACACAAAUGUUGACUACACAAUUGAUCUUCUUAAUGCUACGGAGUACAGAGACAAUAAAAUACACACUGGUUGGCUUGACAGCAGAAUUGCAAUGCGUGUUAGAGCCGAAAGGCCUCCUUGGUACCUUUCGGUCGUUGGAGGAGCUCUUUAUAAAGCAUCAGCAAGCAGUGCUGCUAUUAUCUCUGAUUAUGUUGGCUAUCUUGUCAAGGGGCAGAUACCACCCAAGCACAUAUCACUUGUCAACUCCACUGUUUCUUUGAACAUUGAAGGAAGUAAAUAUACGAUUGAAAUGGUGAGAGGUGGACCUGGAAGCUACAGGUUAAGGAUGAAUGGAUCAGAGGUAGAAGCAGAAAUCCAUACUUUGCGUGAUGGGGGACUUCUGAUGCAGUUGGACGGAAAUAGUCAUGUGAUCUAUGCUGAAGAAGAAGCGGCUGGUACUCGCCUUCUUAUUGAUGGAAGAACUUGUUUAUUACAGAACGAACAUGAUCCAUCCAAGCUUGUGGCAGAGACACCAUGCAAACUGCUUCGUUUUUUAGUUGCAGAUGGUACGCAUCUCGAUGCCGAUACACCUUAUGCCGAGGUUGAGGUUAUGAAAAUGUGCAUGCCGUUGUUGUUGCCUGCUUCUGGGGUUAUUCAUUUUGUAUUGUCUGAAGGCCAGGCCAUGCAGGCUGGAGAUCUUAUAGCAAAUUUGGACCUUGAUGAUCCAUCUGCUGUGAAGAGAGCUGAACCGUUUCACGGGACCUUCCCAAAGCUCGGCCCUCCAACUGCAGUUUCUGAUAAAGUUCAUCAAAGGUGUGCUGCAAGUUUAAAUGCUGCAAGAAUGAUUCUUGCUGGCUAUGAGCAUAACAUCACUCAAGUUGUGCAAGAUCUACUAAACAGCCUGGACAGUCCGGAGCUUCCCUUCCUACAGUGGCAAGAAAGUAUGUCAGUAUUGGCCACUCGCCUUCCAAAAGAUCUAAAAAAUGAGUUGGAUGCCAAAUACAAGGGGUAUGAGACAGUUUCAAGCUAUCAAAAAAACAUUGAGUUCCCUGCCAAGUUACUGAGGGGAGUAAUUGAGGCUCACCUCACUUCCUGCUCUGAGAAAGAAAAGGCCGCACUGGAGAGGCUUGUGGAACCUCUAAUGAGUCUUGUAAAGUCACAUGCAGGUGGUAGAGAGAGUCAUGCACGUGUAAUUGUCCAAUCUCUAUUUGAAGAAUAUCUCUCUGUUGAAGAAUUAUUCAGUGAUACCAUCCAGGCCGAUGUCAUUGAGCGCCUCCGAUUGCAGUACAAGAAAGAUCUACUAAAAAUUGUGGACAUAGUUCUUUCUCGUCAGGGUGUAAGGAGUAAGAAUAAGCUAAUAUUAAGGCUUAUGGAGGCAUUGGUUUAUCCUAACCCUGCUGCGUAUAGGGAUCAGCUAAUUCGUUUUUCUGCUCUUAAUCACACCACCUACUCUGAGCUUGUACUGAAAGCAAGUCAACUUCUAGAGCAAACAAAACUGAGUGAACUCCGCACGAGCAUUGCCAGAAGCCUUUCGGAGCUUGAGAUGUUUACUGAAGAAGGGGAGCGUGUGUCUACUCCAAGAAGAAAACACGCCAUUAAUGAAAGGAUGGAGGAUCUUGUCGGUGCUCCGUUGGCUGUCGAGGAUGCUCUUGUGUCUCUAUUCGAUCACAGUGAUCCCACACUUCAGAGGAGAGUUGUUGAAACAUACAUUCGCAGACUCUAUCAGCCCUAUCUUGUGAAGGGUAGCAUUCGCAUGCAAUGGCACAGAUCUGGCCUUAUUGCUUUAUGGAAAUUUUCUGAAGAGCAUAUAGAGAAAAAAAAUGGAGCUGAGGAUGCCAUGCCGGAUAAACCUUUAUUAGAGAAGCAUCGUGAGAAUAGAUGGGGGGCCAUGGUGAUCAUCAAAUCUCUCCAGUUCUUACAAGCUGCAAUCAGUGCUGCACUGAAGGAAUCUACGAGUUCUUUAAAUUCUGAAGGCGAUGAUGAACUGAUUUCGAGGGACCUUUUAGAUAAAGCUAGUCAUGGCAAUAUGCUGCAUGUUGCAUUGGUUGGUAUUAACAACCAAAUGAGCUCACUUCAGGAUAGUGGUGAUGAAGAUCAGGCCCAGGAGAGGAUACAUAAGCUUGCAAAAAUUUUGAAGGAGGAAAGUGUCAGUCUUGAUCUCAGGGAUGCAGGGAUUAGGUUUAUUAGUUGUAUCAUACAGAGGGAUGAAGGGCGAGCACCGAUGCGUCAUUCUUUCCAUUGGUCAUCAGAGAAUCUCUAUUAUGAUGAAGAACCUCAACUUCGGCACUUGGAGCCUCCUCUCUCUACCUUUCUUGAAUUGGACAAACUCAAAGGCUACAAAAAAGUACAGUAUACGCCAUCCCGAGAUCGACAGUGGCACCUAUUUACUGUUCUUGAUGGCAUUGCACCGAUUAAAAGGAUGUUUCUUCGGACGAUUGUCAGACAACCAAGCACAACUGAUGGGUUUUUGCUAGGUCCGGUGCUUGAUGUUGAGAUGGUUCAGGCAAAGCAGUCGAUGUCCUUUACAUCAAUCUGUAUAUUAAGGUCAAUAUCGGCAGCGCUUGAGGAAUUAGAACUAAAUGUGCAUAAUGCAAAUAUCCGGUCAGAACAUUCUCACAUGUAUCUCUGCGUGUUGAGAGAGCAGCAGCUUUAUGAUCUUGUGUCAUUUGCAAGAACUUUUGAUGAGGCUUCCGGGCAAGAGGAUCUUGUAGUGUGCUCGAUCUUGGAGGAAUUGGCUCAUGAAGUUCAUGAAUUGGUUGGCGUGCGUAUGCAUCGUCUGGCCGUUUGUGAGUGGGAAGUCAAGCUUUUGCUGGCUGCCGAUGGACCUGCUCGUGGUGCUUGGCGGAUUGUAGUCACCAAUGUUACCGGUCACACUUGCACUGUGCAUAUCUACCGAGAAGUGGAGGACAGCAAAACACAUGAAGUUGUGUACCAUUCUGCCUCUUCAUUGUUUGGUCCUCUGCAUGGUGUGCCUCUGAGUGCUUUGUAUCAGCCUUUAGGUGUCAUUGAUAGAAGGCGUUUGUUAGCAAGAAGAAACAACACAACUUACUGUUAUGACUUUCCACUGGCUUUUGAAACAGCUCUUCGGAAGUCUUGGGCUUCUAAUUCAUCGGGUGAGAAGGUAGGAAAAGGAUGCGAAGACCUACUUAAGAUCAGAGAGCUUGUAUUUGCUGACAAAAAUGGAGCUUGGGACACUCCCCUUGUUCCUGUGGACCGCUCUCCUGGUCUCAAUGAUGUGGGCAUGAUCGCAUGGUUCAUGGAGAUACUAACUCCAGAAUUCCCAGAUGGAAGGAAGAUCAUUGUUGUCGCAAAUGAUGUAACUUACCAGGCAGGGUCAUUUGGUCCAAAAGAAGAUGCUUUCUUCUAUAGUGUAACCAACCUGGCUUGCAAGUUGAAGCUUCCUUUGAUUUAUCUUGCUGCAAACUCCGGUGCUAGGAUUGGAGCCGCAGAAGAAGUUCGAUCUUGCUUUCGUGUUGCUUGGUCUGAUGAGCUCAAUCCUGAACGUGGAUUCCAAUAUAUUUAUCUCACACCGGAAGAUUACUCUCGUAUUCAAUCCUCUGUCAUCGCACAUCAGCUGAAACUCGAUAGUGGUGAGACCAGAUGGGUUGUAGACACCAUUGUUGGAAAACAAGAUGGGUUGGGAGUUGAGAAUCUUGCUGGAAGUGGCGCCAUUGCUAGUGCUUAUUCAAAGGCAUACAAGGAAACCUUCACUUUGACUUUUGUCACCGGACGUACUGUCGGUAUUGGAGCUUAUCUGGCACGGCUUGGCAUGAGGUGCAUCCAGCGUCUUGACCAUCCAAUCAUUCUAACCGGCUUCUCUGCCCUGAAUAAACUUCUUGGCCGUGAAGUCUACAGUUCCCACAUGCAGCUUGGUGGCCCAAAAAUAAUGGCGACAAAUGGGGUCGUUCAUCUGACGGUUCCUGAUGAUCUUCAGGGUGUUUCAGCAAUCCUCAAGUGGCUCAGCUAUGUUCCUCCUUAUGUUGGGGGACCUCUUCCUAUAUCAGGUUCGUUGGACCCGCCACUGAGACCAGUGGAAUACACACCUGAGAACUUGUGUGACCCUCGUGCCACCAUCAGCGGGAUAAAGGAUGGCAGCGGUAAGUGGUUAGGUGGGAUCUUUGACAAAGAUAGCUUUGUUGAAACACUCGAAGGUUGGGCCAAGACGGUGGUCACCGGGAGAGCAAAGCUGGGCGGAAUUCCUGUUGGGGUUAUUGCAGUAGAGACUCAGACUGUUAUGCAAGUCAUCCCUGCUGAUCCUGGCCAACUUGACUCACAUGAAAGAGUCGUGCCUCAAGCCGGGCAAGUCUGGUUCCCUGAUUCUGCCACCAAGACUGCACAGGCAUUGAUGGACUUCAACAGGGAGGAGCUGCCCCUCUUCAUCCUUGCAAAUUGGAGAGGCUUUUCAGGCGGACAAAGGGACCUCUUUGAAGGUAUUUUGCAGGCAGGUUCCACCAUUGUUGAGAACUUGAGGACUUACAAGCAACCAGCCUUUGUUUACAUCCCUAUGAUGGCGGAACUCCGCGGCGGAGCCUGGGUUGUGGUGGACAGCAAGAUCAAUCCAGAACAGAUUGAGAUGUAUGCCGAAAGAACUGCCAAGGGAAAUGUGCUUGAACCUGAAGGGAUGAUUGAGAUCAAGUUCAGGCCGAAAGAGAUUUUGGAUUGCAUGGGGAGGCUCGAUCAAGAGCUGAUCUCUCUUAAAACAAAGCUUCAAGAGGCCAAGUUGGGAAGUGCAGGCCGUGAGUCUGUGGAUUCCCUUCAGAAGAGUAUUUCUGCUCGCGAGAAACAACUCCUGCCUGUUUACACUCAGAUAGCUACGAAGUUUGCAGAAUUACAUGAUACUUCUCUGCGAAUGGCUGCGAAGGGCGUGGUCAAAGAGGUGGUUGACUGGAAGGGCUCGCGAGCUUUCUUCUAUAAGAGAUUGAGCAGGAGAGUGUCCGAGCGGUCGCUUAUAAAAUCGGUGAUGGAUGCUUCAGGGGAGGAAUUGUCAAACCAGUCUGCACUUGAGCUCAUCAAGAGUUGGGUCUCGGCUUCUGGGGUGAACUGGGAGGAUGAUGGAGCUUUCUCUGCUUGGAAAAAUGAUCCUCUGAACUAUGAAAAUCAUCUGAAACAGCUGAGAGCUAAGAAAAUAUUUUCUCAGCUCUCCAGCCUUGGAGAAUCAUCUUCAUCUGACCUGGAAGCUCUUAAGCAAGGUCUUCAUGUCCUUCUCUCCAAGGUUGAGCCUUCGAGUCGAGCAGAGUUGAUAGAGGAAUUUCAGAAAUUAGCUGGCUGAUUAAACUUGAUAUGAAAUUGAAUUUAUUUUGGUAUGUAUGAAAUAAUUCAUUUAGAGCAGAUAGCUUAAGAUUUCUUGCUGAAUGGUGAAAGUGCUUGGGAUAGUUCUUCCUUGGCAACAGGGAAGCAAGUUUCUUUACAUAUACAUCUCUUGUUGUUCAAUAUUUGAAGUUAGGGAUUAGGCGGUAGGUAAUGUUGUAUUGAUCUCUGUUCAUCUUGAUGAGAUGAUUGAGAUCAAUGAGUUUGUAUUUAUGAAACAAUUAUUUCCACUAAAUGUUAAGA